AUGCCCGAGUAUUUAGUGUACUUCGUGCAUCAACACUUUAGUUUCCGCUACCCGGAACUCGAAGCUUUGUUAACAAUGCAACAUCUUCCUGGUGUGAUUGAUACGGUAUUAAAAGAUCCAGAGACUGGAACUUUACCAGAACCUGAAUGCUCACCACUUGUGCGCUUGCAAUUGCCAUCAGUGGAACACGCCAGGUUUCUUUCCGAACGUGGAAUCCUCGUUAAGGGUGUAUAUGAAGUGUGGGGCCACACAAGUAAUGAAGGUGGCUACGAUGAGCUUGUGACGUCUAUAGAAAACUUCCAAGGAUCUCAUAAGCAGCAGAUGCUGCAGGAUACGCAGCGCUCGUGGCGCAUUAAUGUGAGCGUAUUUGGCAAGAAACUUAGUAUGGACGAGCAGCAAACACGACGUGAACGAUUUCGUGACGCGUUGCCCUUUGCUGGACCUGUACAGAUGAAAAAUCCGGACGAGACGUUUCUAGCUCUAGAGGAAUUGGAACUGGAUCAGGAUCUGCAUCCGAAUGUUAAGCCCAAACAGAUUUUUUUCUUGCGUGAACUAGCAGGCAGCGAAAAAAAUCGAGGACGUGGCGGUGCUCGAGAUCUUGUUGACCAACAAACGCUUAAGCGUAGAGCGUACAUUGGCCCCACUUCGAUGGAGUCAGAGAUGGCGUUAUUGAUGAGUAAUAUGGCCCUGGUGCAGCCAGGAGACUUGGUGAUCGACCCGUUUGUAGGUACUGGAAGUGUCUUGAUUCCGUGCGGAACUCAUGGUGCCAUGUGCUACGGCACAGACAUUGACAUUCGGGUCCUUCUUGGAACUGGAGUCGGUGUAUCAGGCGCCAAGGUCGUUGAUGGUGAGACGCGCGUCAAUGUUGUCACCAACUUCAAACAGUACGGUCUGCCACUUCCGGAGCUUCUACGCGCUGACAAUUCCGUGUCACCUCUUGUGACGCGAUGCCGUGGUUUUUUCGACGCAGUAGUUUGCGAUCCGCCGUAUGGUAUUCGCGCUGGUGCUCGCAAAAGUGGACGAAAGCGUCCGAUCAAAAAUGGGAUGACCAUCGCUGUCAAACAAGCAAAUUACAUUGCGCCCACGCAGCCGUACGCCGCAGAAGAUGUUAUGACGGAUCUAAUGGAAUUUUCAGCUCAGACGUUGCGUGAGGGCGGUCGACUGGUGUACCUCUUGCCUACGACCUACGAAUACACUGAUGCUGAUUUACCACGCCACCCUUGCUUGCAGUUACUUGCUAAUUCAGAGCAGAAACUGACCAAGAAGUACGCAAGACGCCUCAUUACUAUGGUCAAGCGUACUCCAAUUGCAGCGGAGAUGGAUGCGGCUGUAAAUAUAGCGACAUUUGCAAAGAACAACCCACGUGAUGUAAGUUUUGCGAACCUGCGAGAAAAAAUUCGGAAGCGAAAGUCCGACGACGUCGAAGUGCUCCAUAUCACUCAAUAG